UUCCACAGGAGCCGCUCCAGCUCCAGCUCCGCGCCGAGGAACGGGCCGACCAUUGACUGCGUGUGCGUGGGUUUGCUUUGUUUGACGUGGCCGCGGCAGACGCGGGAAGAAGGUGCUCACGGGAAGACACGCGCUAAAUAAAUAUUGUCCAACGAUGAGCUUCGCGGACUUUUGCGCGCACCGAACAAGGCGCGUUUACCAGCGAAGACGCGCAGAGAAAAUGUGACAAUCCUCUCCUCCCUUUUCUCACCCACUUCUUGACAGUUUGAAUGAUCGCGAGUGUUUACGAGCUGGGACAAGUUGGAGUCGCGCACUUUGACAAACUGUGCAAUGUCACAGCCAUUUUUUUUUUUUUUUUUAUGGAGUCCAAGCUUUCUGUGUUUUUAUGGAGUCCCGGCUCUUUUUUUCUUUUUUUUUUUUGUAAUUAAAAGGCGUUGAACCGUGUCCUGACGCGAGAAGAGAACCCCACAAGUGUUUUUGCCGGCUUAUAAUGGAAUUGGAAGCACCGUCGUGGAGGAUGCAAGGGAGCUAACGUUGGGAGGAAGCAGCAGACACAACAGAGGACCCCAGGAGAGGUGACCCAAGUAUGGGCUCGGUGCCAGAGGGCGGCUGCUCUCUGGAGCUAAACGGCUGGAAUGUGAGCGGCGCCUCCGUCCCCUGCAACCAGAGCGUCCUCAAGCAGGCGCCCUACUCCCCCGAAGCCACGGCGGCCUUCGCCACCGCCAUCACCCUGAUGGUGCUCUUCACCAUCGUGGGGAACGUGCUGGUCAUCAUCGCCGUCCUGACCAGCCGCGCCCUGCAAGGUCCCCAAAACCUUUUCUUGGUGUCACUGGCCGCCGCCGACAUCUUGGUGGCCACGCUCAUCAUCCCCUUCUCUCUGGCCAAUGAACUUCUGGGCUACUGGUACUUCAAGUCUCUGUGGUGCGAGAUCUACCUGGCCUUGGAUGUGCUCUUCUGCACCUCGUCCAUCGUGCACCUGUGCGCCAUCUCUCUGGACCGCUACCUGUCCAUCUCCAGAGUGACCUACGGUCGCCAGCGGACUCCCAGGCGCAUCAAAGCUGCCAUCGUGGUGGUGUGGUUCAUCUCCGCCAUUAUUUCCUUCCCUCCCCUGCUGUCCCUCAAUAAGAGCGAGGGAGGCGACCUGGCGAGUGAGAGGGGUCCUCAGUGCCAGCUCAACGACGAGCGCUGGUACAUUCUUUACUCCACCAUCGGUUCCUUCUUCGCUCCCUGCCUCAUCAUGAUCCUUGUCUACGUGAGAAUCUACCAAAUUGCGAAGCAGAGAACGCGGUGCCCCCCUGGGGAGCCUCGCAAGGAGGGUGUCGGCGGCGCCACGCCGGGUCAAGCCAAGCGUCACUUACAAGCCAACGGCAGGGAGAACAAGGACGAAAAACAGUCUUCCCCUAAGAAAAUGUACAAUGACAGACCCCCCACCCUCGCCAUUACACCGUCUCCUUCAGGAGGGCAGACGCAACCCCCUCAGGGCCCCAACCCCAAUAACCUCCAACCUCCACCCCCUUCUCCAGCCAUGAGCCCAGUCACCAGCUCCUUAGAUACUUCGCUCCAUGCACCACCCGCUGCUCCACUGCCGGCGCCCCAGGCCUCUCCGGCCAAGUCUAAAGCGGCCGCCAAGAAGGUCAAGCAGCAAAAGAGCAAGAAAUCUGACAACAACAACGGCGACAUCUCCAGCACGGACAGCGAGGCCAGCCACGGCGGGGGAAGGGGCAGCGCCAGCAUGCCGGGGUCGCCCGCAGGAGGGGGCAUCCACUCCCCUGGCUCCAUCAAGCGAUACAGAAACAUGAUCGCCACUUCAAAGGGAGCUCGCCUGGUGCCGGGGAGGAAGUCCGGACGAGAGACCAACCCCGGGGCGGCCAGGCGCAAAGCCAUGCUCAACAGAGAGAAGCGCUUCACUUUCGUCCUGGCCGUGGUCAUCGGGGUCUUCGUGGUGUGCUGGUUCCCCUUCUUCUUCUCCUACUCCCUGCAGGCAGUGUGCCCCGAGACCUGCGCUAUCCCAGACCCGCUCUUUAAAUUCUUCUUCUGGAUCGGGUACUGCAACUCUUGUCUCAACCCAGUCAUCUACACCAUCUUCAACAAAGAAUUUAGGAUGGCUUUCAAAAAGAUUUUGUGCAGCAACACUAAGGGUACUUUCUUCUAGCGCACACAGGUGAGGACUUGCUUGCCACGUUUUCUCGACAAAGGGCUGGAUUAACAGUACUAUGAGCCAUUGAAAUUUACGCGUACAACUCCAAAUUUCUCCGAGACAGCCAUAAAAUACUGUUAAUUGCCAUUUGGGACUACUAGGGUUUCCCAAACUUAGGCAGAUAUAUCAUCUUUUUUGACAAUGUGCAAUCAAGAAGUUAAGAUUUGUGUGCCUGCUUGAUUGUCUUUAUUCUCAAACAUGUUGGUAGGCGAUUUCCAAUUAGAGGAACCUCAGGAUAUAGAAUUAUAUUCGAAAGACGUAACAAUAUAAUAUUUUGUUAAUAUAUUCAUGAACCAAAGAUAAGCUGAAUUUGAAUUAAAAUAAAUGUUAUCGUUGAUCCGAGAACAAGUUUAUUUGGUGGGAAAAGGUUUGCCUUACAGCAUGGGUGUCAAACUCUGGCCCGCGGGCCACAUCUGGCCCGCCGUGUAAUUUAAUUUGGCCCUUGAGGAAAUAUCAAUUUAGCAUUAGAGCUGGGUGCCGCUGUAACACCGCUUUCACUGCUAGUACUCAUACUUGCCAACCCUCCUAAUUUUCCAGGUAGACUCCCGAAGUUCAGUGCCCCUCCCGAAAGGCAACCAUUCUCCCGAAUUUCUACCGAUUUCCACCUGGACAACUAUAUUGGGGGCGUGCAUUUAAGGCACUGCCUUUAGCGUUCUCUACAACCUGUCGUCACGUCCGCUUUUCCUCCAUACUAACAGCGUGUCACAUAAUAUUUGUGGUUUUUACACACACACACACACAAGUGAAUGCAAGGCAUACUUGGUCAACAGCCAUACAGGUCACACUGAGGGUGGCCAUACAAACAACUUUAGCACUGUUACAAAUAUGCGCCACACUGUGAACCCACACCAAACAAGAAUGACAAACACAUUUCGGGUGAACAUCCGCACAGUAACACACCAGAACAAAUACCCAGAAAUCCCUUGCAGCACUAACUCUUCCGGGAAACUUCCAGCAAACUGACUAAUAAUUAACAUUUUAUUAAUGCGUUUUCUCUUGCUACUUAAAAGCUUGAAUGUUUGGUUCAUUCAUUAUUAUUUUAUUUUAAAAUUUAUUAUUAGCCUGUGGAAAAAAAUUUAUAUUUACCUCAGAAGAUUGCAAAUAGAAAAAAAGGCAUAACAUUUUUAUUAAAAUGUUAUUUGAUAUGCCAUUGAUAUUAUUUUAAUUAUUGUUAUUAUUAUUUGAAACUGGAUUUUUCACUAAAGUUAUAUAAGCCUUGCUUGUUCAAUAUUUAAUGCAAAACAUGUUUGGGUCCCUAUUAAAAGGUUAAUUUGUUCAACCUUGGCCCGCGGCUUUGUUCCGUUUAAAAUUUUGGCCCACUUUGUGUUUGAGUUUGACACCCCUGCCUUACAGCAUUUAACUAAGACCCAAUGGUUUGGGAAACCCUGGAAGAGAAGGGUGUGGUUCAGGACUCAUUUGGACCACAUCGCACUGAGUGAAUGUGGACAAAAGGUCUCAAAGAGAUCUGGGACAUACAAACAUAUAAUGUAUUGUUUGCACUUAUUACUUAGGACGGUGAUGCUUUUGAAGAGAGAAAACAGGUAAACAGGAGGCAGGCUGACCUUAAAUUCCGACAAGCCCGGGGGUCCUUUUGUUUAUCAGCACAGAGCACAAGGAGCACACAAGGUUAGUGGUGAUUUCUUGCGCAGCUGCAGGGCAAACAUGUGUUCCCUGAUUUCUAUCUAAAAGAGCAACAAAAAAGAAGCAUCUGAAGACCCACUAUGUGAUAAAAGGAGGGAGGAAUCCUUCAAAAAAAAAAAAAAAAAAAAGGACAUGCAUGUGAAAAGUGUCAGAUGCUUCUGCUCUUAGCUGCCAGCGAGUCAUAGCGGACACUCAGGUUAUUGUUUGUUUUUUUGUCAGCACCUAAAACAGACUGGAAGGACGAGAACACUUAAGCAAUGUUCUAACGAGAGCAGGACCAACAACGGGCCUCUUUAACGAGGUUCUCCACACCAUGUCAUGGGAGUUUCAUCCGCCGAUUUAUGCGCGUCAUUUCCAGAGUGAGGGGAAUACACGCCGAAACCUUCUUUCUUUCCCCUCCUCCAAAGACACAAUGCAGUGAGGUUGGUGUAACGUCGGCAGCCAUUUACCCCGUCUGUUUGCCUGACUCACUCGCAUUUCCUCUCAUUAUAGCGGCACAGAAUAUGUCUGCAGGUGCGCUCACAAGUUUGCAUACGCUUGUCAAUGCUGGGCUUCUUAAUGCGUUUUUCAAAAACUUUUACAGGGUGGAAUGACAAUGUACAUUAAAAGGCCUACUGAAAUUAGAUUUUCUUAUUCAAACAGGGAUAGCAGGUCCAUUCUAUGUGUCAUACCUGAUUAUUUCGCGAUAUUGCCAUAUUUUUGCUGGAACGAUUUAGUAGAGAACAUCCACGAUAAAGUUCGCAACUUUUGUUGCUGAUAAAAAAGCCUUGCCUGUACCGGAAGUAGCAGACGAUGUGCGCGUGACAUCACGGGUUGCGGAGCUCCUCACAUCUGAACAUUGUUUACAAUCAUGGCCACCAGCAGCGAGAGCGAUUCGGACCGAGAAAGCGACGAUUUCCCAAUUAAUUUGAGCGAGGAUGAAAGAUUCGUGGAUGAGGAUAUUGAGAGUGAAGGACUAGAAAAAAAAAAAAGACUAUACAUUGGGAGCGAUUCAGAUGCUAUUAGACACAUUUACUAGGAUCAUUCUGGAAAAUCCCCUUAUCUGCUUAUUGGGUUACUAGUGUUUUAGUGAGAUUAUAUGGUCGUACCUGUACAACCUGAAGGUUGGCCCCGCACCUUUCUUCAGCACCGGUCGACAGGUGGUGGCGAUGCCCAUCCCUGCCCUUGGCAAGGGACCCUCUUCGACAGUGGUCCCCAACCACCGGGCCGCAGCUCGAUUGGUACCGGGCCGCUGAAUAAUUUUUUAUUAAUUGUAAUUAUUUUUUAUAUAAAAAAAUAUAUAUAUAUUAAAACCAACACAAAAAACACAAGAUACACUUACAAUUAGUGCACCCACCCAAAAAACCCUCCCUUUUUCUUGACAAAAACCUCCCUUUUUCAUGACAAAGGGAAAUAAAAAAAAUAAAAAUAACCCCCACCCCCGCGGGACAAAUUAUCAAGCGUUGACCGGUCCGGUCCGCAGCUACAAAAAGGUUGGGGAACACUGCUCUUCGAAACACGAUCUUUCGAAAUGGUCGCUGCAUAAUACACUGUACUUUGUGUGUGUGGUCCAAUCCAACUGUGUUCGCUUGACCGCUGUGUUCCAUAGUAAAGCUCCACCGUCAUCUUUCGGGAAUGUAAACAAUGAAACACCGGCUGCGUUUGUGUUGCUAAAGGCGGCCGCAAUACACCGCUUCCCACCUACAGCUUUCUUCUUUGACGUCUCCAUUAUUCAUUGAACAAAUUGCAAAAGAUUCAGCAACACAGAUGUCCAGAAUACUGUGGAAUUAUGCGAUGAAAAGAGACGACUCAUAGCUGGGAACGGUGCUGGAACAAGAUGUCCUCUACAAUGCGUGACGUCAUCAUACAGCGACGUUUUAGCAUGAUACUUCCGCGCAAAAUUUAAAACUACAAUUUAGUCAACUAAACCGGCCGUAUUGGCAUGUGUUGCAUUGUUAAUAUUUCAUCAUUGAUAUAUAAACUAUCAGACUGCGUGGUCGGUAGUAGUGGGUUUCAGUAGGCCUUUAAAUUGGCUGCAUCCAUUUUAUUUCUUUUAAUAUUUUCUCUCUUUUACAUUGUGUCAAAAUGUAUCAGGUUAAAAUAUUCACCUACAAUCAUAAUUACAUAUUGUCAUAGGCGCCGAGCAACGUUCCCCCUAAGGCAGUGUUUUUCAACCACUGUGCCGCGGCACACUAGUGUGCCGUGAGAUACAGUCUGGUGUGCCGUGGGAGAUUAUCUAGUUUCACCUAUUUGGGUUACAAAUAAUUUUUGCAAACCAGUAAUUAUAGUCUGCAAUGAUGCGUUGUUGUUGAGUGCCUGGGGUUCGGUGAGUCGGCCUCAGGGGUUCGGCAGAGGUCAAAACACACCCGACUCAUCGUCUCAAUAAAAACUUCUACCUAUCGGAUACGGCAACUGCAGAAGUCACACUGAUUUGCAGGUGUGUAAUUUGUUGUGAGUUCAUGCAGUCUAGUGUGAGUUUAGUGUUCGUUUUGUUCUUUGAACAAGGUGAUAUUCAUGUACGGUUCAUUUUGUGCACUAGUAAAAUAAAACAUGGUAACACUAGAAUGGGGGACAUAUUCACCAUUAAUUAGUUGCUUAUUAACAUGCAAAUUAGUAAAAUAUUGGCUCUUAACUAGUCAUUAUUAAGAACUUAUUAAUGCCUUAUUCGGCAUGGCCUCAUUAUAAUCCUAACCCUCUAACCCAACCCUAACCCUAACCAACGGGGCGGUAUAGCUCGGUUGGUAGAGUGGCCGUGCCAGCAACUUGAGGGUUGCAGGUACGAUUCCCGCUUCCGCCAUCCUAGUCACUGCCGUUGUGUCCUUGGGCAAGACACUUUACCCACCUGCUCCCAGUGCCACCCACACUGGUUUAAAUGUAACUUAGAUAUUGGAUUUCACUAUGUAAAGCGCUUUGAGUCACUAGAGAAAAGCGCUAUAUAAAUAUAAUUCACUUCA